GAGUGCGGCGGGCAGAGACGGACAGCGGCGGAGCGGCAGGGAGUGUUUAUGGCUGCCUGCUUCGACACCACAACUUAUUUCUUGGUCUUUUUAGAGGCCGUGAAAACCAAACUGUCGCCCUACAGCCAGGGAGGAAUAUAACCGAGCCAUAGGCAUUCUUUUGAGGACGCGGUUAACUUUUAAAUGGUAAAAGGAACUCGUCAAGCGAAAUUUAACUUCAACAAUCCGCGGAUAGUUCUUAAAAAAAACAUAUAUAUUCAACGGGAGUCCAGCCAGGAUUAAAACCGUUGCCUUUUUGAUUGUUUGCGAUGAAAGCUUGAUGCAUUUCAUGGAGAAAAUUGUCAUCUGUAACUUUUUUUUCGUCAACUGUCGCACAUUAGCGUCGGCUAACGUUAGCAUGCUAGCUCGGUGCAGCUAGCGCUGCCGUGUGAAAGUCGGGACUUGACAUUCAAUCCAGGGAACUUUUUUCUCCAAUUACAAUGUAUUGCUUAAAUUUUGCAACAGCCAGAUCGUUUGCAAACGCGAAGAAGCAGCAAAAAUAGAUAUUUUAACAACUUUGCAGUAUCAGUCUGAGGCGGUUAGUGCGGGCGGUGCCUUGAGUGUUUAGUUCUGGCUGUUUAGCUCAUAUUUUCAAGAUCGUUUCGCUUCUCAGAAAUAAAAAGAUACCCCAGUGAUGCAUUUUAUGGACGUGAUAUAACCCCCUGUACCGACAGACCAUGUUGGAUUACACAGACUAACACAAGGCUCGGCCAGAGGGGCGACAGAUUUGGAUGAUCCAGUGUUUCUGGUGCAGAUGUGAACAGAGGAAGAAACAUCUGAUAUAACAAAGGCUUGCCUCAAAUCUUCCAGAGUGAUUUAUUAUUUUUGAGGAGAGGGGGGGCUUUUUUUCAUCAUCAAAAUGUCGGCCAUCUCUGCAUCCGAGAAAGUGGACGGGUUUACGAGGAAAUCCGUGAGGAAGGCGCAGAGACAGAGAAAAUCCCAGGGCUCGUCGCAGUACCGCACUCAGAGCGCCCCGUUCGAGCUGUCGCCGCUGCCGCAGCUCAAAGAUGCCCCCUCCACAGACCAGCAGGAACUGUUCACGCAGAAACUCCAGCAAUGCUGCGUCGUCUUUGACUUCCUGGACUCGGUGACAGACUUGAAGAGCAAGGAAAUCAAGAGGGCUACGCUUAAUGAGCUGGUUGACUAUGUUUCCACCAACAGAGGUGUACUGGUGGAGUCUGCGUACCCAGAGAUCACUAAUAUGAUCACUACCAACAUUUUCCGUGCUCUUCCGCCAAGUGAAAAUCCAGAUUUUGACCCAGAAGAGGAUGAACCCACUCUUGAGGCCUCAUGGCCUCACGUACAACUGGUCUAUGAGUUUCUCCUGCGAUUCUUGGAGAACCCAGACUUCCAGCCCAGCAUUGCAAAGAGAUUCAUUGAUCAGAGAUUUGUUCUGCAGCUGCUGGAGUUGUUUGACAGUGAGGACCCGAGGGAAAGGGACUUCCUAAAGACAAUCCUGCAUCGUAUUUAUGGAAAAUUCCUGGGGUUACGAGCCUUCAUCAGGAAGCAGAUCAACAACAUUUUCUUGAGGUUCAUUUAUGAAACUGAACACUUCAAUGGUGUUGCUGAACUACUGGAGAUUCUGGGAAGUAUCAUCAACGGGUUUGCGCUGCCUCUGAAGGCGGAGCACAAACAGUUCCUGAUGAAGGUGCUCAUCCCGCUCCAUACAGCUAAAGGGUUGGCCCUUUUCCAUGCCCAGCUGGCUUACUGUGUGGUCCAAUUCCUGGAGAAGGAUCCCACGCUCACAGAGCCGGUGAUUCGUGGCCUUCUGAAGUUCUGGCCUAAAACCUGCAGCCAGAAAGAGGUGAUGUUCCUGGGAGAAAUAGAGGAGAUUCUGGACGUCAUUGAACCGACACAAUUCAAAAAAAUCCAGGAGCCGUUGUUCAAACAGAUUUCAAGAUGCGUGGCCAACCCACAUUUUCAGGUCGCUGAACGAGCUCUGUAUUUCUGGAAUAACGAGUACAUCCUCAGCCUUAUCGAAGAGAACAUUGAUAAGGUCCUUCCCAUCAUGUUUGGAAGCCUGUACAGAAUCUCGAAAGAGCACUGGAACCCGACAAUUGUCGCUCUGGUAUACAACGUACUCAAGACACUGAUGGAGAUGAACUGCACUUUGUUUGAUGAAUUGACGUCAUCCUAUAAAGGAGACAGGCAACGUGAGAAGAAAAAGGAGCAGGACAGAGAUGAGUUAUGGAAGAAGCUGGACGAGUUGAAGCUCAGCAACACCACUCUGGUCCAGAACAACAGUCACGGGCCUGCCAGUGUCCAAAACAACAACAACAACAACAGUAAUAACAACAAUGAUAACUGCGCUGACCCACAUGCCAUCACCGUGGGUGACGAUAAAGAUCCUGGCAUCGCCACGGCAGCCAGCGACAGCACCCCAUGUGCCAAAUGACAGCAGACCCCAGUUUUAUGUUCAGUUACGGUUUUGACGCAGUGAUCAGGACGGUAACAACGCAAAUUAAACCUCAGCAGUAUAUUAAAUCUACUUAGAGUGACGUAAAAUACCAGCGUUCAGCGGUUCUUUGUCGGAGAAAGGAAAAUAUAUAUAUAUAUAUAUAUAUAUAUAUAUAUAUAUAUAUAUAUAUAUAUAUAUAUAUAUAUAUAUAUAUAUAUAUAUAUAUAUAUAUAUAUAUAUAAUUUCAACUUAAGACUAUUUUUGGAUCUUACUUUGUGGCUGCAGUAUAUUGUUUGUAUGUUCAAAGAUGUAUCGUGUCACAUUUAGUUUCUUCGGUGAUUUUUUUUUUUUUUUUUCUUGUUCAAUGUAUGCUAUGUGGGAAGAGAGAAAAUAAUGACUUGAAUUAAAUUUAAUACGUUUCCGAUUGUGCUCCACGUUAGAGAAGCUGAAUAGCUAUUUAAAGAUGUCUAUUUUUAAUGUGCUUUUCUCUGAUGCUGCCAAUGUUUGGGUUAAAACCGUUACAGAGGAGGUUUGUUGGGGAUUUUUGUGCAGGUGGGACCAGCUCCAUAAAUGUAUAGAAACCAUAUAUACAGUAUAUAUUUAUACAGAGACCUGUUUAUAUAAAGUCAAGGACUGAUGUGAGGACCAGAAGAAGCCUGGAGGCAAUUGCCUCGUUUAAAGUAAAAACAGUAAUUGAAAGAAAGGGGGAAAAAAAACAAGAUCAAAAGUGAUAAUCAGUCAAAUGAAUUGCACACUCAAGAGUGAAGACUCUAGAAGUGACAAUGCUUUAAAUUAUGCAUUAGGAAUUAUGGUCAAUAUCAUUUUUGAGGGUUUUUCUUUGUGUUUCAGGUGUUGGUAGUUACCUACAUUUAUACAAUUAUUCACACUAAAGUAUCGAGAAAGGGCUUUGAGAAAAUGAAGUGUUUUUGACUUACAGUAACUUGACUUAGUUCAGCAUAUAGAGAAAAACGUUUUCCCUGAGAUUGAAAAAAAAAAAUCUACUUAGGAGCACCUUAAAUAAAAGCUUGCUGUUUGUUUUUUGUAUAAUUUUCUCUUCUUUUUUUUCUUCUUCUUCUUUCCAAAUGCUGUAUUGUUUAAGAGUUUAUGUGGUAAACUCCUGGAAAGUCAAAACUGUUGAAUCUCAUUAAAGUCACACAUAAUUGUUUGUUGACUUAUCUUUUAAGAAAGCAAAUAUUUACCAAAAUGAUGAACAAUUCCUUUAAAAUGGCUGAUUUGAAAAAAAAAAUGUAGACAAAUAUGUAUUUCAGAGUAUUUGAUGAGACUUAUACUUUGAAUUAUUAAUUGAGGGGAUGCAGGAUGCGGUUGAGUUUAUAUCCAUUAUACAUAUAUAUAUAUAUAUAUAUAUAUAUAUAUAUAUAUAUAUGUAUGUUAAGUUUAGGGGCUGCUUGAGGGGAAAUGCCACUUGGCAUUAGAUUUUAUGAACAGUAUAUUCUCUGUGAUUAAGGAAAGUGUUAUUAUUGGUUAUAGAAACUGAAUGGUUCUCAGAGAUUUAAAAAAAAAAGUUUGUCUGAGCACUUAUCUGGCGUUUGAUAAUGCACAAGCUUGUUGUGUACCAAGGAACUCUUUGAAAUGUCAUUACCAGACAAAGCGUUGUGAUGCUGAGAAAAUGUUGACAGGAAACGAGUAAAAAGAGGAAUUCUUGACCAUCAAUGCCUGUUCGCUGUUUCUGCUCUGCAGGUGUUGUAAUGUUUUUGAUGUUGAGUGCUGAUAAAUGUGGUCAUUAACUUAACUCUGACUGUCAGAGAUUGUAGGAGUGACUUCUGGGAGCUUUUUUAAAAUCGGACCUUCAGGUCUGAACCUCGGCGUCUGCUCUGUUUGCUUUCUUUUUUUUUCAGUUCAUCUGUUAGGUCCAGUCUUUUCUGAUGCCUUUCUGUCAGUCCAGCAUUCCAGCCUCUGAGAACUUUAAGGAAACUAUGUGGGGAACCUGUUUUGUAAUCACAGAUCUUGUAUAGGUUUCACCAUCAAAUAAAGUCUACUUUAUCUUUCUAUUAA